GAAGGCGGCAGAAGCGCAUCCACCGCAGUGCCUGCUCAGGAUGGCAGUGAAGGAUUGCCAGGCCAGCACACGGAGGGAGUGAGGAAGAACAAGACACCACGAUUCACCCUGGUGUGUGUGUCUGUGUGUGUGUGUGAUUUCCUGGCUGCUGACGUGUACGCACCACUCCAGUGACAGCAGGAUGAGUUCGUGCAGCAGCCGUGCGUUGACCAUCCUGUCCACAGUGUUCGGGGCCUGCGGGCUGCUGCUGGUGGGGGUGGCCGUGUCCACCGACUACUGGCUCAUCAUGGUGGAGGGGGUCAUCCUGCAGCAGAACCAGAGCAUGGAGGUCAAGAUGGCUCUGCACUCGGGCCUCUGGAGGGUUUGCUUCGUGGCCGGCUCAGAAAACGGGCGAUGUGUUGCAUCAGAGUACUUCACUGAACCGGAAAUCGAGAUCACCACUGAGAACACGGCAAACAUCCUGAAGAUGGUGCGUACAGCUACGCCCUUCCCCAUGGUAUCGCUGCUCUUUGUCUUCACCGCCUUCGUCAUCAGCAACAUCGGACACAUCCAGCCUCAGCGAACCAUCCUGGCCUUCGUGUCCGGAAUCUUCUUCAUACUCUCAGGCCUGAGUCUGGUGGUGGGUCUGGUGCUCUACAUCUCCAGCAUCAACGACGAGGUGAUGAACCGACCCAGGGAGCCCGAGCAGUUCUUCAACUACCACUACGGCUGGUCCUUCGCCUUCGCUGCCUCCUCCUUCCUGCUCAAGGAGGGUGCGGGGGUGCUGUCUGUCUACCUCUUCAUGAAGCGUUACGCAGAGGAGGAGACGUACCGCCCCCACCCGGCACUCUACCGCCCCCGCCUGUCGGAGAGCAGCGACUACAGCGGCCAGUUCCUCCACCCGGAAUCCUCCUGGCCUCCUCCCAAGCGAGGCCGCAGUACCUCCGAAGCGUCCAGCGACAUCUCCAUCCAGCUCAACCAACCGCCGCCGCCGCCUCCUCCCAAAAGCGGCACCCAGAAGGCGUGCCAAGGCGGCAGCCCACCAUCCGGGGCCAGCUACCCCAAUCCCCCACCUUCUGCCGGGUACCCCAGCCUGCCAAGGUCGCACUCUCCACACCCCCAAGGCCACGCCCUGCCUCUGGCUGUGCCGCCGCCCCCUGUACCGCCCCCUCACUACCACACGCACGUGCACAUGAGCGCCUCCCCCUGCUAGGACCCUUGCUUCAAGUGCUAACUAUCAUAAGAAUACGUAACAUACAUGGAAGGACUAUCAAGGUCAGACUUUUAUACACCGCCGAAACAUGGAUGACCUUUUUACAAGAUGGGAAUGUCAUUUCAUACGCUACACGAGGCAUUAUCACUCUUAUGAUUACUAUUAAUAGUCACUAUCAUACAUUUGUCCAAGGAAUAUCAUCAACUAAGUUGUAUAUACAGUACAGUAUGUUCACACUCUUAUGGUACAGACAUACUGUACAGCACCAUUCCACUAGAGCAGGGGUGUCCAAAGUGCGGCCCGCGGCCCCACGGCACAUUCUAAAAAAAAUAUAACAAGAAAACUUUGUUAGAAAUCCCAAUAAUUGAAAAAUAUGCAGUAAUUUUACAAGGAAAUAUUAAGAGAAACUAUUUUUACGGGAAUAACGGUGUAAAAAAUGAUGUCAUUUUGGUGGCAUAAAGUUGAAAUAUUAAAGAAAACAUUUUUUUUUUAAAGGUCGUAAUGUUAUGAGAAACAAAAUAAACUUACGUUGUCAUUAGGUUGGGGAAAAUGUUAUAAUAUUCUGGGAAUAAAGUGAAAAUAUCACGGGAAUAAACUCAUAAUAUUACGAGAAGCAAAUAUACAAAGAUUAUUUUAAAAGAAAGUUGAAAUGUGCAUAACUUUAUAGCAUGUGUUGCUUUACAAAACAGCACAUUGGCCCAUCCUUUCAUUUUUAAGUAUGUGGCCCUCGGUGCAAAAGGUUUGGCCGCCCUGCAUUAGCGCUUUGCAUUAGCGCUCUGCAUUAGCGCCCUGCAUUAGCGCUCUGCAUUAGCGCGUACUGUACAGAAGUAGACAAACAUAAACACACACAACACAACACGAAUCAUCAUCAGCGUCAUCUCCUAAUGCACUAUCAUGCUUCCGAGGACUAGCAAAGCGUUGCAUCGGGGUGUUCAAAGUGUGGCCCGCGGCUGUUUCAAGGAUAAUAGCAAAAUAUUAAGAGAAAAAGUUGUCAUUUUACUGGAAUAACGUUUUAAUAUUAUGAGGAAAACAAAUCUCAUCUUAGUAGCAGGAAGUGACAUCAUAAAGAAAAAACACAUUCUUUUAAAAGUCUUUUGAAACGUUUUUUAAAGUUGUAAUAUUAUGAGAAACAAACAAAACGACAAAUGAAAUUGUGAUUUUCGGAAAAUCGGGUUGCGGAAAAUGAUAUAAUGGUACGAGAAUAUUUACAAAAAUAACACAGAAAUUUAAAUUAGUUGGAAAAUUAAAAAAAACAACAACAACAGAAAUGGAAAAAAGCUGUAAUUUGACGAGAAUAAAGACACAAUUUUACAAGAAUAAAUUUGUGCUAUUAUGAGGAAAAAUAAUGGAACAUUAAAGAAAAAAGAAUUGUUUUUGUAAGUCAUAAUAUUAUGAGAAACAAAACGACAAAUAAAUGUGUCCGUUUUGGAAAAUGAGGUGGCAGAAAAAAAUAUAUAACAUUACGAGAAUAAAGUCAAAAUAUUAUGGAAAUAAAGUCAUAAUUACCAGAAUAAAAUUUACAAGAAGAAAGUUGAAAUGGUUGGAAAAUUAACAUUAAAAAACAACAUCAGAAAUAGAAAAAAAACAGCUGUCAUUUGACAAGAAUAAUUAUUGUAAUAAUAAUUAUUAAAAUAAUAAUUAUUGUAAUUAAUAAUUAUUGUAAAUAAUAUUGUAACGAGGAAAAAAGUCGUCAUUUAACAAGAAUAAACUGGUAAUAUUAUGAGGGAAAAAUGUCAUUUUAGUAGCAUGGAGCUGAAAUAUGAAAGAAAAAAUAUGUCUUUUUUGUAAAUCGUAAUAUUAUGAGAAACAAAACGACAAAGUUGUCAGUUUUGGAAAAUAAGGUUGCAGAAAAAGUUAUGUUAUGAGAAUAAAGUCAAAAUAAUGUGGGAAUCAAAUCUAAAUUUAUAAAGAGAAAUUUCAAAUAGUUGGAAAAUUUUAAAGAAAAAAUACAACCGCAGAAAUGGAAAAAAUAAGGCUGUGAUUUUAUAAGAUUAAAGUCCAAAUAGUAAGAGAAUAAAAGUCACAUUAUAAUGAGAAAAAAGUCACAAUUUUACGAGAAUAAACUGGUAAUAUUAUGAGAAAAAAUAAUGUCAUUUUAGCAGCACAGAGUUGAAAUAUUAAAGAAAAAUACAUUGUUGUUUUCUAAGGUGUAAUAUGAGAGACAAACAAAACGACAAAUAAAGUUGUCAUUUUUGGAAAAUGAGGGUGCGGAAAAAGUUAUAAUGCUAUGAGAAUAAAGUCCAAAUACUGUGGGAUUAAAGUCAGAAUUUUGAGAAGAAAAUUUACAUGAAGAAAGCUGAAAUAGUUGGAAAAUGAAAAUAAAAUUUAAAAAACAGUUUGGAAAAUUUAAAUUAAAAACAGCAGAACUGGACAAAAUAGCCCUAAUUUGACAAGAAUAAAAUAAAAAUAUUACCAGAAAAAAGUCACAAUUUUACAAGAAUAAACUUGUAAUAUUAUGAGGAAAAAAUAAUGUCAUUUUAGUUGCAGAGAGUUGAAAUAUUAAAAAAAAAUGCAUUUUUUUUUCAAAGUCGUAAUAUUAGAAAAACAAGCAAAACAACAAGUAAAAGUUGACAUUUUUGGAAAAUUAGGUUGCAGAAAAAAUAUAUAUUGUUACGAGAAUAAAGUCAAAAUGUUAUGGGAAUAAAGUCAUAAUUACAAGAAGUACAUGGAAAUAGUUGGAAAAUUUAAAUAAAAAAACAACAGCAGAAAUGGAAAAAAAAGAGCGGUAAUUUGAUGAGAAUAAAGUCAAAAGAUGAAGAGAAAAAAGUCCUAUUCUAAUGAGAAAAUAAGUUGCAAUUUUCCGAGAAUAAACUUAAUAAUAUUAUGAGGAAAAAUAAUGCCAUUUUAGAGUUGAAAUAUAAAAAAACAAAAAUGUUUUUUUUUUUUAAGUUGUAAUAUGAGAAACCAACCUAAAUAAAGUUGUAAUGUUUGGGAAAUUAGACUGGGGAAAAACGUAUCAUAUUAUGGGAAUAAAGUCCUAAUAUUAUGAAAAGAAAACGUACAAAGGUUGUUUAAGAAGAAAGUUGAGAAAUUUGGAACAUUUUUAAAAAAGGGGACAAAAGAGCAACGAGUGAAGCAGAUAUUAAUAAUGUGUUUUUCUCCAAGAUGACAAAGCUGAGAUGAAAUAGCAUAUCUACACGUGUUGCUUUACAAAAUAUCAAACUUUCAUGUUUCACAAUGUGGCCCUCGCUGGUAAAAAAAAAAUAAAAAAAAUAAUAUUUGGACACCCCUGGUGUAGAUCCUAUGCGAACACGGAUGGUUGGCGCCCUCUACCGGCAGCUGAGCGUACUGACGCUCGACCUGCCUUACUGUAAAUAAGCCUUCAUGUUCCUGUACAUUACACAUUAAGAGUAUUUGAUUGAAAUGAAAGUAAAUAGGGGCUGGGCCCUAUCAUCACCACAAUUUAGUAAAAAAAAAAAAAAAAAAAAGAAGAAGAAAUCUACUAUUUUCCAACAAUAAAUAUAUAUGACUUAUUUUCAUUUGUAUUCAUUUUAUUUUCAGGAAAUGCUGACUAUUAUUUCAUAAAAAUGUCCAUUUUCUACUAAUGACAGCACCUUUCUUUCCGCUCUGCUAGUGAGAAGAGACUGUUGUGGUUGUGGUUCUGUGACCUUUGCACAAAUGGAAGCACAGGGUAGCGCAAUGCUUCUUCAUCGUCGAAACAUCACGAAGAGCUUAUGAAGCAUAAAUUGUUUUCUACUCACGUCUUCUUUUUCUCACAUAAGCUUUCAUUUCUUUUCAGUCCUCUUUCCUCAUGUUCUGUUGAAUUUUAUUCUGAAAAAACAAGCUGUGUGCCACAAACCGUCAACUUCCUUGUUGGCAUCCUACUGCUAGCUAGCUAACCCACGCAAACAGGAAGUGGAAGUCAGCUACGUCACCCGUCUAUGAUGUCAUCAGUGCUUGACUCUGUCAUACAGAGGAUCUUUGACCACAGAGCAGACCUGUCCUAUGGACGACCGUGGCUGUUUUUGCAGUAGGUCCUCAAAAACAGCAGAGAAGUCCUUUUAUAUAGAGGAUCUUUGACUGUUUUUGCAGUACGUCCUCAAAAUCAGCAUAUAGGUCCUGUUAUAUAGAGGAUCGUUGGCUGUUUCUGCAGUAGGUUCUCAAAAACAGCAUAUAGGUCCUGUUAUAUAGAGGAUCUUUGACUGUUUUCAGCAGGUCCUCAAGAACAGCAGAGAAGUCCUUUUAUAUAGAGGAUCUUUGACUGUUUUUGCAGUACGUCCUCAAAAUCAGCAUAGAGGUCCUGUUAUAUAGAGGAUCUUUGACUGUUUUCAGCAGGUCCUCAAAAACAGCACAGAGGUCCUGUUAUAUAGAGGAUCUUUGACUGUUUUCAGUAGGUCCUCAAAAACAGCAGAGGUCCCGUCAUAUAAAGGACCUUGGCUAUUUUUGCAGUUGGCCUGUAAAAACAGCACAGCACGUCUGUCAUACAGGAUCUUUGACGAGCGUGUUUUUGCAGUAGGUCCUCAGAAACAGCAGAAAGGUCCUGUUACAUAGAAGAUCUUUGACUGUGUUUGCAGUAAGUUUUCAAAAACAGCAUAGAGGUCUUGUAUAUAGAGGAUCUUUUACUAUGUUUGCAGUAGGUCCUGAAAAACAGAGGGGGGGUCCUCUCACAGAGAGGAUCUUUGACGGUAAAAAACAGCAUUUUUGUUUUUUACCAUCUCAAACAUUCAGUGCCUCUUUAAAAAAAAAAUCAUUUUCCUUUUCUUUUUUUCUCCCCCUGUCCUGUCCAGCCUUUAAGGCAGAUAGAAUUCUAGAUCGAAAUGCCAUCAAGCGCUCAACUGAUUUACUCAUUUGCCUUUUCUUGCACAUGCUUUCUUCCGCCCUGUCGGCCCCACACACCACAUUCUAGAAAAUACCAGCUGUGCUCGCUUGUGCGUCGUGUUUUUGACAAAAGAAAAAAAAAGCAACAAGAAGCGUGCUCGGAUGGCCUCCGUGAUGUUAUCUUCUGCUCAUCACGUCUUCUCACGCACAAAAUAAAUCUUUCACUUUCUGGGUCUUCUCAUAUUCUUUCAAUGUUUGCCUUCAUAAACACCCGAAAUGACUACGCUGUCUUUUUCUUUGUUUUUGAUUGCACUAAAACUGGGGUGUCCAAUGUGCGUCCCAGGGCAUUCUAAAAAUAUCUUUUAACAAGACAAAAAUAAAAAACAACAACACAAACGGUAAAAUCAGCAGUCAAUUUACAAGAAUAAAGUCAAAAUAUGACGAGAUUUGAUGAGGUUAUUGUUGUACGGAGAAAUAAUGUCAUUUUAGUAGCCAAAAGUUGAACUAUUAGAAAAAGCUGUAAGACCGUGAAAAACAAACAAAACAACAAAUAAAGUUUAAUUUUUUUGGAAAAUGAGAUUGCAGAAAAAGUUAUAAUGUUAUGAGAAUGAAAAGAAACUAUUAGUGGAAUAAAACCAUAAUUACAAGAAGAAACAUUACAAGAAUAAAGUUGAACUAGAUGCAAAAAAAAACAGCAGAAAUGACAAAAAACAGAUGUAAUUUUAUGAGAAUAAAGCC